AUGCUCGAGGCUAUGGUGGCAGCGGAGGACAAGCAGCUUGCGAGGAUCAGGAACGUGGGGAUCAUGGCGCACAUCGACGCUGGGAAGACAACGGUUACAGAGCGGAUGCUCUUCUACGCUGACGUCACGAGAAAGUUUGGGGAGGUCCAUGAGGGCGACACCAUCAUGGACUUCAUGGAUCAGCGUCAGCUAGAGCAUCUGACCGCCAGAGACUACAACAUCAACCUCAUCGAUACCCCCGGACAUGUCGACUUCACCAUCGAGGUUGAGAGGAGUUUGCGGGUGUUGGACGGGGCUGUAGCGGUCUUCGACGGCGUAGCAGGCGUGGAGGCUCAGGCGAACAGAUAUCAUGUCCCCCGUCUCGUGUUUGUCAACAAGCUGGACCGGGAGGGAGCAGAUCUUGACAUCACAGUGAAGGGGCUGAUAGACCGUAUGAAAUGCGUUCCUCUGAUCUUGCAACUGCCCCUGGGGAAGUGCGCUUCGUUUGUUGGGAUAGUUGACCUGAUCGACAUGAAGGUCGUGCUGUACGACCAGGACGAUGAUGGGAGGUCCUUCACGUACCUGGACUUAGACGACGAUUUAGCGACAGAGGCGAUUUCCUCCUGUGGGCUGGACCCGAGCUCUGUCCGCCGGGACGCACACAAGGCAAGGGAAACCUUGAUCGAACAGGUGGGGGAGUUUGACGACGACGUGUUGUCCAAAUACCUGGAAGGGAAGCUGUCUAUGGAGGACAUUCCGUCCUCGCUGUUGAAAGCUGCGCUGCGGGAAGAGACGUUGAAGGGGGGAGCGGAGAGAGUGUGCGUCCUCGUGGGGUCCGCGUUCAAGAACAAGGGAGUGCAGGUCUGCGAGGGGGACGGCAUUGAGGUGAGAGUGGAGGGAGGGGAGGACCAGGACGGGGAGGAGGGAGAGGAGGAGGAAGAGGCGUGUGGGGCCGACACUCCUGCCUGCAGCAAGAAGAAGAGCAAGAAGCCGCAAGACAUCGUCCACAUCGAGCGAGCACCGUCAAGGAAAGAGAAGUUCCUGGCGUUCGCGUUCAAGGUUGUUACCGAUCGCCACGUCGGGGAUCUUGUCUACAUCCGGUGCUACAGCGGGGUGUUGGAGAGCAAGUCCUCCAUCAAGAACGUCACCAAGGACAUUGCGGAGCGACCGUCGAAGAUCCUGCGGGUCAUGGCGGAGGACUACGAGGAGAUUGAGGAGCUCGGAGCUGGAGACAUCGCAGCGCUGGUUGGACUCAAGCAAACUGGGACAGGAGACACUCUUGUGCUGUCAAGUGAGAAGCAGGUUGCCUGCACAAAGUUGGAGAGAAACUAUGGAGUGAAGGCCGUGGCGGGGAAGAUUCAGAUCACCUAUAGGGAGUCAAUCAAGAGCAAAGUACAGAAGAGGUACUCCUACGACGCUGUCUUCAAGGGCAAGAGGACGCAGGCUGAAUUCCUCAUCACCGUUGAGCCCAACGACGAGGAGAGUAACGUCAUCGAUGCCUCCAAGGCAGCGGUUGGCUCUCCAGAGUUCAGCGAGGCGGAUGCGGAGGAGGCGGUCGAGAAUGGAAUCUCAGCUGCCCUUACUGCUGGCCCGCUCCUGGGCAUGCCGAUCUUGAGGACGCGAGUGACGGUUGACGAGGUGAAGACAUCGGCAGACACAACCUUAUCGGCACUGAGUCUGGGGGCGAGCAUGGCGGUCAAGACCUGCAUCAUGGAAGCGAAUCCCACGAAACUCCAGCCUAUCAUGCAUGUGGAGGUUACAGCCCUCGAGUCGCACGUCGGGACGGUGAUGAGCGACUUGACCUCCAACAGGAACGCAGACAUCGAGCGACUGGACACCCUUCCUGAUGGCCGACAGAUCAUCAAGGCCAUGGUGCCGCUCGAGGACAUGGUUGGGUAUGCAAGCGAGCUCCGAUCCUCCACAGGAGGAAAGGCUUCUUUCUCCCUCGUGUUUUCUCAUUUCCAGUGA